AGGCGUUCGCACAGCACAGAGUCGAGGCCGACGUGGAGCCACUACGUACGUGUGCACUGAGCCUUUUGCUGCGUGCUCUCGUCAGACCACUGCACUGUUCGUCCGACUGUCUACUCAGACUGCCCGCCAUGGACAAAAUCGACAUGGCCAACUUCGACGUGUCCAAUUUCGACCCCAAUGCCAUCCUGCGGGGCGCCCAGCUGACUCUAGUCGGCGUCAAUCGAGCCCUCCAAAACCCGCGUCUCUUCACCUCCGACCACUACCGCCAGGCCGCCAUAGCCGUAGCUGCCGGCGUCGCCAUCCGCAUCAUCGUCGCCAUUCCCAUUGUUGGUGUACGAGUGUUACUAUGGAUCAUCUCGCUGUUUGUCGACAUGAGCCAGACAGGGCUGGAUGAAACCAUCAUAGAUGGCCUCCACUUCCUUGAGCACUCGGUGCUUCAGGUGCCCUUCUUUCUCAUGACGCUGAUGCGCUAUGUGACGCCGACACUCGACCAGAUGUUCAUGGACUCGCUGCGCUGGGUCGACGAGACAUACGUGCAAAAGCACAAGACGGACGACCCGCACAACCUCCGCGCCAUGUACUAUCCCAACCUUGAAAAGUACCCCGACCACGCACCCAAGCCGGAGAAGGAGAAGAAACCCCUCAAGCAGACUGUGAUAAUGUACGCCACAAAACAGAGCAGAAAGGCGGCCAUUUCACUGGCAGUCUUGGCUCUCUCCUACAUGCCCUACGUGGGGCGCUUAGUGCUCCCAGCUGCCAGUUUCUACACAUUCAAGAAGGCGGUGGGAACCCAGCCAGCAGCUGCCAUUUUUGCAAUGUCUCUCCUCUUCCCUCGCAGGUACUUGGUCAGCUUCCUGCAAGCCUACUUUUCUUCUCGCACGCUUAUGCGUGAGCUGCUUGAGCCGUACUUCAGCCGUGUCCGUUACACCAAGGAGCAGAAGAAGCUUUGGUUCAGAGACCGUGCCGGUGUCCUUUUUGGAUUCGGCCUAGGCUUCUAUGUCUUUGUCAAGAUCCCACUUGUCGGCGUCCUUAUCUACGGUCUCGCUGAAGCCUCGACAGCAUAUCUCAUUACCAAAAUCACCGAACCACCUCUGCCGCCGACCGAAGCCGAAAAGUUUAAGCAAGAGUCGCUCCGUUGGAAGAACAAGCACGAGUUUCUCAACAUGCCCUGGCAGCACAUGGAUGAAUACAAUCUGGCAAUGCAUAGGCCCAAGGAGCAGUCUGAAGUGCGCCAGACUCCGAGAAAAACGUUUAGCUAGAACAUGGUCAUGUCCGCCCCGCUUGGCUUAAACUGAGAGCAGCUCCUCAGUCAUGACGUACACGCAGCUUAUUUCCGUGGAAGCAAUGGCAGCCAGGUUCAAUUGGGCAGUUGACAGCCAAGCGUAAUGGACUGCUACGCUAUCUGGCAUGGCGGGAUGAUGAUGUCCGUUCUGGACAUGCCCCGCAGUGGGGUUGACGCGUCUUGUUAUGGGAGGUAGCCUGAUAGCUCCAUUCGAUGAAACAUAACGUAACCGCAUCGUAUCACUCAGCUUAUCAUAGACGAUGUAUCGAUAGUUUAAGAGGGAAUGUGCGGCAUCUUCGGCAAUUGGGUGUUUUGUAGAGAUAACAAUUCAUCGCCUGACCCUUUCGGUAUCCCCC